AUGAAUGCUUUUUAUUUACUGCAGGAAGAACCUGAAGUAGAAAGGGCCACUAUUUACAAGUCAGUAAUCAUCAACACUUCUAAGGAGAUGAUGUGCUUCAGUGACUAUCCCAUCCCAGAUCACUAUCCUAACUUCAUGCACAACUCCCAGGUCCUGGAGUAUUUCAGGAUGUAUGCCAAUGAAUUUGACCUUCUAAAGUACAUUCGAUUUAAGACCACUGUGUGCAGUGUGAAGAAGCAGCCUGAUUUCUCCACUUCAGGCCAAUGGGAGGUGGUCACGGUAUCUGAAGGGAAAAAGGAGGUGAAUGUCUUCGAUGGAGUUAUGGUUUGCACUGGCCAUCACACCAAUGCUCACUUACCCUUGGAAAGCUUUCUUAGAAUUGAGAAGUUCAAAGUACAAUACUUUCAUAGUCAAGAUUAUAAUAAUCCAGAGAGUUUCACCAGAAAGAGAGUCAUUAUAAUUGGCAUUGGGAAUUCUGGAAGCGAUCUGGCUGUGGAAAUUGGCCACACAGCCAAACAGGUUUUCCUCAGCACCAGAAGAGGGGCUUGGAUCUUCAAUCGUGUCAGAGACUAUGGAUAUCCUUUUGAUGUGUUGUUGACUUCUCGAUUUAAAUAUUUUAAGAUUUGUGGUCAAUCAUUAGCAAAUAUAUUUUUGGAAAAAAAGAUGAACCAAAGGUUUGAUCAUGAACUGUUUGGCCUGAAGCCUAAACACAGAGCUCUGAGUCAGCAACCAACCAUAAAUGAUGAUCUGCCAAACUGUAUAAUUUCUGGCUUGGUGAAGGUGAAAACAAAUGUGAAGGAAUUCACAGAGACAGUGGGCAUAAUUGAGGAUGGCUUCAGGGAAGAUGACAUCGCUGCUGUUAUCUUUGCUACAGGCUAUAGCUUUGCCUUUCCCUUUGUUUGUUUUUUUCCUGCCUUUCCUUUUCCUGAAGAUUCUGUCAAAGUAGUCAAAAACAAGAUAUCCCUGUAUAAAAAGGUCUUCCCUCCUACUGAAAAGCCAACUCUUGCAAUCAUAGGCUUGAUCCAGCCCUUGGGUGCCGUUAUGCCCGUUUCAGAGCUCCACGGACACUUCACUCAAGUAUUUAAAGGGAUAAAGACAUUGCCCUCACAAAAUGCAAUGAUAAAAGAAAUAGCUAAGGCUCGAGAGGAUAUGGCCAAAAGGUAUGUGGACAGUGAACCACAUAACAUUCAGGGAGACUAA